CUAAACCAAGUGUAUUGGGACUGGAUUAAAAAUAAUUUCGGUAGGUGGGGCUGGCUUGGAAAUUGCUGGUAUCCACAUGUAACGAAAACGAAGAAAACUUUGCAAAUAUUUUGACCAAAGUUUUCUGUUGGUCUAAAACGAGCGGCGAUGGCGAAUCUGGCUCCGCUCCCGUAGAACUGAAGCAACUUUUCCUCGCUGUCAGUGAGUGACAUGUGGCUACACCAGCCACGCAGCCCAAUUGCCACUGUCAGCGUUCUUUAAUGGAAUGUUUAUAGUGCCUGGGCACCAAUCGGUGUGAAUGGGAGGCGGGGCCGCGCACCACUCAAAUUCGGCAGAGCGAAGCAGAGCGUGAGAGGGGCGGGGUCCGUGUGUCCCGGAGAAGCAAAACAAUUGAAUGCUGGAGGGGCGCCGGUUGCAGAGCGGAGUUUUAGUUCUCGCUCUUUGCAAACAGAAUUAUAAUACAGCACGAAUAUAAACUUGCAUUUGCCGGGUUUUUUUUUGACAAUAGCUUCUUUCGAUCAAUUGACCCCGCCCCCUCCAGAAAUGAGCUCCAAACGCUUUAACAAAAAAUAUAAAGUUGUAGGCACAAAGGUUUGCGCGCCAAGUUCAGCGGACGAUGUCAGAGUUUCUGGAGUAAUUCAGGCUUGUAAAAACGAUCCUUCGGGUAACAAUGUAUACACAAUCAUGUUAGAUGAUGGCUCACUAAGAGAGUAUGCAGAAGAAGAAAUAAUCUGCAUCGAUGUCAAAGUGUCUGGAAAAGGAAAAUACAGAUGUAAUCAGAAGGAUCGGGUGAAAAACGAUGUCCCUUUAAGAUCGCCGGAGCCACGCGGCCUGACAGCCAAAAAAACAGAAGACCGGUAUCUGGAAAACAAAUGUAACAGAACUGGCGAGGUGGAGGAGCCUGCGGCCCGCCCCCUUGGCUGUGUGUCAGAACAGAAACGCCUCCUCACUUCAGCAAACAUCGACGUUCCUCAGAGGAAGCCUUCUGAAGAAGCUGACAUGGAUGAAGUUAUGGCAGCUACAGUUUUGACCAGUCUCUCUACCAGUCCACUGGUCCGCAGUCCGUCCUCGGGAACACAUAUGUUGGAUAACUGUAAAGUAACAAAGGAGGGGCCAACUUUAUCUGUCAGCUAUAGCAGCAGCACUACUAGUGGUAAUUGGAGUUGGGACAUUCCAAGUGACCACUCCAAUCCAUCUACACCUUCACCACCAUUACCAACUGACGGCUCAAAACCCUUCCCGUUGUCUGGACAAUCAGAUGAUGGCAUUGAUGAACCAGAGGCAUCUCACUUCCUGUUUGAAGAACCUACUCCUCGGAAAAGAAAGAACUCCAUGAAGGUCAUGUUUAAAUGUUUGUGGAAGAAUUGUGGGAAAGUUCUAAGUACGUCAUCAGGGAUACAGAAACAUGUACGCACACUCCACUUGGGACAUAAUGGUGACUCUGACCACUGUGAUGGUGAAGAAGAUUUCUACUACUCUGAGAUUGAUGUAGAUGUUGAUUCAUUGACGGAUGGUUUGAGUAGUCUUACACCAAUGUCUCCAACUGCCACAAUGCCACCUGUUUUUCCAACUGUGGAUUCUGGAUCUUCAAAUCCAGCUUUGGUGAAGAGUGAAGAAAAGUUAGUGACUCCUUUGAGUCGUUCGGCCCCAACCAACUUGUAUCAUGUACGCACUGACCAUGCUUAUCAGGCUACAGCACCUGUGAGCAUCCCUGUAUCAUCCAAGUUCGUGCCAGAUAGUCCUGGGCUGAGCAUAUCAUUGCAAUCUCCACCUAUAAUUUUUAAAGGGUCACAGGGUCCUUUAACACAAAUUCGUCCAGUAAGUAUUGUGGAAAAGCGACAGAUUUCUCAUCCAUCCUUAAAGGUACAUACUUCUCUUGUAUCACCACCGAAACCAGGGACAGGAACAAGGAAGCCCAGAGGUGAAGGAAAGAAAUGCCGAAAAGUUUAUGGAAUGGAAAACCGGGAUAUGUGGUGCACUGCCUGCCGCUGGAAGAAGGCCUGUCAGCGGUUUGUUGAUUGAAUUAAUGGCACUUUCUGUAUUUUGUACACUCUAAGAUCUGACUGCACGCUGUUUCCUGAACAAUCAAUUAUAAUAAGGAAAAAGCUAAAAUAUGUUUAAAGCAGGGAAUGCUCGAAGCAUGAUUCUGUCACGUGAAGCACUUCUAAUUAUGUGUGAAUACAAUCAAAAGAAAUUUUAACUAUUUUAAAAGUACAUAUUGACUUUCUUUUGUUUUUCUUUGAACUUGCUGUGUUUUUUUGUGGCACUUGAAUCAGCUGACAAUUUUGCUAGGAUGUUUUUCAAUACUAAAUCUUUGCCACUUUGUUAAAAUUCCUAAAGUGGUUUUUUGACUGGCAUGUUUGCACUCUGAUCUCAGUUCAUUUUAGCCCCUCUAAUUUUAGGGAAAAAAAAAGAGACACCUUUAAUCUUGAAGAAUUGGCUCUUCAUUCUCUGCAGAACCACGGGUUUCUCAUGAGACAUUGUUUCAGGAAACACAUGCAGAUUAUUUCAAAAAUUAUUUUUUGUAGAGCUUUGCUUUUACUGCAUUAAAAUGUAAAUUUUAUAGUUUUGAUUAUUGAUGGUAUAAAAAUCUAAAUUUUAAUUGUUUUUACUGUGGAAACACAUUACUGUCACAAGUUUUUUUUUAAAUUUUGCUAAAGAAAAAUUUGGCUGGUAAUUUGAAAGUUAAAGUAGGGUCAGAUCUGGCUGGAAAACUUCAGGAUGUGCACCAGGCUGUACGGCACAAUGAAUAAUUUGAGAAACACAGAUUGUCAAACGUGCAACAUUAUAGAGUUGAGGAAGUACAGUAUCUAAGGUGUAAAUGUCUCUUCACUGUAAAAUAAGACUUGUAGCAUAGCCUUAGUUAAGUUUUUGAGAAAAGAGAAGAAUCUGAUGAAAGUGGUUUUAUAUUUGAUCCAUUUUCAUGAAUGUAUGACAACCGUCCUUUCACAGUGUUUAGUCUGUUCUUUAGCGCUGGUUGCCAUUACAGUUUUCUUUUACUUUAAGCUAUUCCGCAAGUGUAUCUGCUCACUGCUGCAGUUUUCUUUUGUUUCUUGAUUGGUUACCUUUUAAUGACUGUGACCAACAGAGAAUGCUGCACCUUUUAGUACCAGGAUAUUAAGCUAAAUUCAAUCCAGUUUAUCACCAGAUGCAUCUCAUCUUCAGGCGUAUAUUUAACAGUAGGUGAAACCGGCAGCUUAAAAAUUAAAAUAGAUUGAAUAUACAGGGUUUAAGAUUGCUUUCCAUCCAGUUAGUCACUGGCCAGUAAGAUGAUUAAUGAAGUUUCUGAACACAUUCAAGUAAUGGGCAGUUUAAUGAUGGAUACUGCCAAAAAAUUGAUUAACUUGCAUUGCAAAAAUGAUUGCUUUGUAUUUUCAAAUCAUUAAAAUUCUCAAAUGAAGUUAUGUUUAAGCUGUACUGGCACACUGGCCCUUUUAAUAAUUCACAGCCCCUAUGAACCAUUUGUUUCUUUAGUUAGAGAGGAAAACCAAGCAUGUCUCAGAUUGAUCAGUGUUCAUUCGUACUAGUUUAGAAAUAACAUACCAAAGUCAGUCUCUCCACAAACAGUUUGAUAUGCUGUAAUCUCAGGAUUUCAAUGUUUAUAACUGUAAAAUGAAAAGCAGAGACUCUAAUAUUUUUAAUUAUAUACUAGAUUUUUUUAAUAAAAGGGCUUACCUGUAAAAUAGAUGUUGCAUAAACAGCUCUAAACUGGUCUUUGACCACAACUGGUGACAUAAGCAAAUGAAUGUAAACUGCUAACUUUUGCAGCUUUCAUUACAUCAGUUUGUUCUUUGCAUAUUAGGGGAAAAAGGUCAAUGGUUAAUUUUCCAUAUGUCAUUCUGCAAAGAAAACUGUGACCCACAACAAAGCUUGUUUUAUUGCCAAAUGUAUUGGUAUUGCAUAAUUGUGGCAGUAGACAUUCCAAGAGAGAACUUAAUUUCUGCUUUGAAGACAAUGUGUAUUACCAGCAGUUGUACCAGCUUUGGUUUCAGAACUUAAUCAUUGAACAGGUGAAGAAAUCAAAAUCCUUUAGGGGGAAAAUGCACUUUUUGUAUGAAAAAAGUUAUGGAUGAUGUGUAUAAUGUGCUUUUUUAUUAUGUCAUAGAGGUGCAGCAUUUGUUUUCCUUUACUGUGUUUCAGUGGAGAUGUAAAAUUCUCAUGGUUUUACAAAGGAACAUAAUUACUAAGUUAACCAGAAAUGGAAGGACCUCUUAUUUCUGUACAUACACCUGUAAUGCUGUGCCGUGUUUUACAUGAACAGCAAUGCCUACUGCUGAGGUUUACGUGCCAAUGUAAUUCUGGGUUUCAUAUUUUUUUAAAAAAUGCAAGAAAUAAAGAUCCUCAGAACCAUUUUUGUCUAAAUAGUAUUGCAUUUUAAGGAAAACAAUGUUACCAGCAGAUGUUGUCAUAAUCGACAACUGGGCUUUGCACUGUCAUGCUUAACAACAUAAUUAUUACUUUUCAGAUGAUUUGAAGCAAUGUAAAGUUGACUCUCGGUCGCUGAAUUUAUUGUUGCUCUGACUUCUGACCUUAAAGCAAUGUUUUAAGAUUCCCCCUAAGAUGCAGUG